AUGGCUGACUCCAGUACCGCGUCUACUCCUAUUUCUUCCUCUUUUCCAACAUACCCGGCAUUGGAUGUCCCGCGGCCCCCUUCGGUUGAUGGCAUCUCCUCGCGCAUGACAGACAUUACCUCUCAAGAUGGGGACAAUUCGAUUACAUUGCCUCCUGCGGGGGGUGCAGUCCAGCCACCGUCAUCCCGACGAGGCCCGCCUCCAACGCGGUUAUCAACAGGAAACUCGAAUCCGCUUCGCCCAGCUAGUUCAUCGAGUCGCUUAAGUCGAAUCAGCAGGACCCAUGUCCCGUCGCUGACCCCCCAGGCGUUCUUCCGUCCCAUGAGCUCCCAAAGGCUGCAGGCACAUCGUCGUCCAAGUCAAGUCCCCCUGGACACAAACAUCGACACAGCAGAAGGAGCCGAAGACGAAGAGAGUCUGAACCGCCGGAGUCUGAUUUCGGCCAGUACGGUGCGUCUUGGCGCUCACGCAGUCGAGUCGGAAGUUCCCCCUUCCCGUGGAACGGAAUUCACAGAUCCUGUCACUCCUGACAGGAACACAUCCAACGCGAGCCCGACAGGGAACACGACUAUCCGGAGCCUUGGAGAAAGCGUGAAAUUGCUCCACGAGCGCGAAAAGUCUGCUCCGGAACGCCUCGCUAUUAACAAAACGAUCAAAACGGGCUCUCUACACGACCCGCCUCAGAGAUCACCACUUUCAUUCCGAUCAGGCCUCUUAUCUCUACACGGUAAAAGCGAAGAAGCCCCACGGCCGGACAGUAGAAGCCACGAAAGAUUGUCCUCCUUAGAAUCUUCGUCGCCACGCUCAAUGAAGAAGCAUCAAUCGUCACCACCGCCCAGAGACCUCGGCAAGAAUUAUGAAUACUUCACGGGCAACACCGUCUUCUGGGGCAGGGGCAGGUUCCAAAACUCCCGUGACAAACCAGUCAAUAUUGCGACGGGCAUUAUAAUCGUCCUUCCCGUCGCGUUAUUUUUUGCAUUUUCGGCGCCUUGGCUAUGGCAUCAUGUCUCGCCAGCAAUCCCCAUUGUAUUCGCCUAUGUCUUUUAUGUUUGCUUCUCGUCUUUUGUUCACGCCUCUGUUGUGGAUCCUGGGAUAAUCCCAAGAAACUUGCAUCCUCUACCGACAACUGAUCCGGCAGCUGAUCCCUUGGCCCUUGGCCCACCCACGAACGAUUGGGUAAUGAUCAAACUGGCAACGUCAGAAGUUGAUGCUAUGGUGGUUCCCGUUAAAUUCUGCAAAACUUGCAAUAUCUGGCGGCCACCGCGAUGCUUCCACUGUCGAGUAUGCGACAACUGUGUUGAAACACUGGAUCAUCAUUGUGUGUGGCUCAACAACUGUGUUGGCCGUCGCAACUACCGCUAUUUCUUCAGUUUUGUGAGCUCCGGAACAAUCCUUGCGCUGUUCUUAUUCGGAGCCUCUUUAGCUCACGUCCUUCUAUACCAAACUCGGGAACAUGUCUCUUUUGGCGAGUCUAUUAACAAAUGGAGGGUUCCAUUUGCCAUGGUGAUAUAUGGGAUACUAGCCGCGCCUUACCCUGCGGCACUUUUGAUAUACCAUCUCUUUCUCAUGGGACGUGGCGAAACUACGCGCGAAUAUCUCAAUUCCCACAAAUUUGCAAAACAAGACCGUCUUAGACCAUUCACCCAAGGCAGCACUCUACGGAAUUGGAUUGCUGUCCUCCUUCGGCCGCGGCCUCCCACCUAUCUCCAAUUCAAAAAGCCCUACCAGCAAGGUGAUCAGCGUUUUGCAACACAAAAGCGCAAGUACCUGGCCAAAGACCUGGAGUCUCAAGCUGGAAUGGAAAUGCAAGUUGUUGAGCGCAACUCUGCUUCAACUCGACCGAAUACGCAAAACCAAUCUUGA